UUUAAUACGCACUAUGCAGGAGACGCACCGACCGGGAGCCUUCAAACAGCCCAAGAAGCUGCACAAACAUGGCCGCCACCGCAGCAAGGGGGCGCUGGACGACAGCAACAAGGGCAAGGUCGACGUGAAGGUCGCGACGCGGCGGCACAAGCGCGAGACGAGCCGCGUGGAGCGACGCAACAAGAUGCAGCAAGUUCGCGGGCGGAAGCGCGAGGAGGCGACGGCUCGCAAGCGCCGCCUGGGCGGAGACGGCGUCCCACCGUUCCUGGUCGCUGUCGUGCCGCUGUGCGCGGGCGUGGACGCCGCGGACGCCAUCGCGAUGCUGCGGUCGAGCGCCGACGACAACGUCUGCGGCGAGAGCGGCCGCGGCAUCGUCCACCUCGCCGCGCCGCGCUUCAAGUCGCGCUUCGCCUUCGUGGCGCCUCCUGGUGGCGACCUCGUCGCGACCCUUGACGCCGCAAAGGUCGCCGACACGCUCGUGUUCCUGCUCUCGCCGCUAGAUGGCGUCGACGAGCGCGGCGAGCUGCUGCUGACGGCGCUGUUUGCGCAGGGGCUCCCGUCGUCCGUGCACGUCGUGCGGGGGCUGGACGCGGUCGCGCCGAAGCGCCGACACGACGCGAAGAAGAGCCUCCAGCGCUGCGUGGAGCGCCGCUUCCCGAAGGAGAAGGUCUUCUCGCUGGACGACGCCAACGACGCGCUGGUCGUGCUGCGACACGUCGCCGCGCAGAAGCAGCGCCAGGUGGCGCUGCGCGAUCGGCGCGCGCACAUGCUCGCGGAGGAGGUGAGGUUCGUGCCGAGUGAGGACGACGCGCUCGUGGGGACGCUGCUGGUAUCCGGCUACGUCAGGCAGGGAACGUCCGACUACCAGGCAUCGUGGAUUAUAGAUGAAGACGAGGAGGAGGAGGAUGCAGACAGUAGCAGCAGUGCUGACGACAACGACGAUCAUCAGGAGGAGAUGGAGCCCAACGAGGACGAAGCAAGCGGCGAGGAUGAGGAGGAUGGGAUGGAGUUUGACGCACAGACGCUAACGAGUGAGGUGGUCGACACGGACAGCUACGAUGACGCGAUGGACAUGGAAGAGGAGCGGCGGAUGCUGGAGAAGCACCGGCAGGCGCGCAGUGAGCAGCAGUUUCCGGACGAGGUGGACACACCGCUCGACACGUCCGCCCGGACUUGUCGGACAAUUUCGUACGUGACGAUUCACGUGGCGAACGUGCCGCGCUCGUUCAUGGAACAACACACCGCCGCCGCGCGACCGAUCGUGCUCUACGGCCUGCUGCCACACGAGCAGAAGAUGUCGGUCGCGCACUUCGUCGUCAAGCGUUGCCCCGGCAACCAGCAGCCGAUCAAGUCGAAGGACCGACUCGUGUUUCACGUCGGCUACAGGCGCUUCGCGGCGUCCGCUACGUUCUCCGAGCACACGACGGGCGGCAAGCACAAGUUUCAAAGGUUCCUCCCACACGACGUGGCCACUGUGGCGACAGUCUAUGCACCGAUCAUGUUCCCUCCUGCCUCCGUCAUUGUGUUCAAGGAGAAGAGUGAUGGGAGCCUGGAGAUGGUGGCACACGGCUUGCUGCUAAGCGUUAACCCAGACAGGAUCAUCGUGAAGAGGAUCUUGCUUAGCGGCCACCCUCUCAAGAUCAACCGCAGGUCUGCAACGCUGAGAUACAUGUUCUUUAAUCGGGAGGACAUAAACUGGUUUAAACCGGUCGAGCUCCGAACCAAAUAUGGUCGCCGGGGUCACAUCAAGGACGGAAUAGGCACUCACGGCCACAUGAAGUGCAUCUUUGACAACCAGCUUAAGUCUCAAGACACCGUCAUGAUGUCUCUCUACAAGCGUGUCUUCCCCAAGUGGACUUACGAUCCCAAUGUCACCAUCCACCAGGUGGAGCCGUCGUCUUCUGUUGCAACGUCGCAGCAAAUCUCGCGAAACUCAGAAUCGUCGGAUUUCUUUGCCUGAUGAUGUCGUUUUUGUCACAGGAUUGAUGUUAGAUCGUGUCUGAUAAAUGUAAUGCGGUUUUGCUCCCCACGUUGUGUAUUAAAACGUGGUGCUAAUAUGGUCUGUUAGUUGAAGUAACUCACUGUGAGUUUCGCCUCACUGUUGAAUUCAUCUACAGAAGUUUUUGUUUGAAGGUCAUGUGAAGGUGGUAGCAUAAUGCAAGGUGGAGCUAUUUGCGUUUAUUUUUGCUUAGUGGACGGUGCUUUUGAAAUAUGUACGAAUGGAAACCUCUGCAGUAGAUCGUUCUCAUUUUAAUAAAACUGAUUGUUAAAAUUUUGGAAGGAAAUGAU